AUGACUCCCAUGGCUGCCCACGAGACAGAGCCGCUAUUGACGGAUCCCACCAUCUCGCCAAUCCCCAAGUCCAAGAAGCUUCUGGUGCUGAUCGUGUGCGCUGUCUUCCUGUUGUCUGCGGAAUUCGGAUUCUUUAUGUCGACCGCACCACAGACAGCGGUCUUUGAGGAUAUCAUCUGUCGCAACUAUCAGACUGGGCUGAACGGCGCCCAAAAUGGAACUCUGCCAGAUCUGAAUCCUUGCAAAUCAGAAGCUGUGCAGGGAGAGCUGGCAAUUAUCACGGGCUACAAGGAUACGUUUGAUACUAUUCCCAGUAUUGUGCUGUCGCUUCCAUAUGGCAUUCUAGCCGAUCACUGGGGGAGACGACCAGUUCUCUAUCUCAGCAUGCUGGGUAUCAUUCUUAGUGAAGUUUGGAUUAGAAUUGUUUGCUUAUGGUCUACCGUGAUUCCCCUGAGGAUGGUCUGGCUAUCGUCGGUCUUCAGGAUCAUUGGCGGUGGUGAUUCUGUACUGACAGCCAUUGCUUUGGUCAUUGUAGCUGAUGUCUUCUCUGAGGAUGAAAGAUCAACCGCCCUCUUUCGCCUCCAAUCCUGCGUUCUCCUCGCAGAGAUCCUGGCGACCCCAUUGAGCGCCUACAUGAUGACCUAUGGGCCAAUGUUCCCUUAUCUCAUCAGUAUUUGCCUCAUUCUUGUCGGAUCCAUCCCGGCUUUGUUCCUCCCCGAGACUCUCGAGGACGCAAAGGCGAAGCAGUCAUUGCACACCAACCCGGAGCAGCACGAUGGAAAUGACAAUGAGCAGCCAGAACGAGGAGUCAACAAGUCCCUCUUGGAAGAAUUGAAGCGACAAGGUCGCGAAUUCCAAGUCUCGACUCGAUUCAUAUGGACGGACUCCAAUGUAUGCAUCAUGAUCCUCGUGUUUUUUGUCACGAUCAUGACCCGACAAUCGACAAACCUGCUUCUGCAGUAUGUGUCAAAGAAAUUCGACUGGAGCAUUGCUCGCUCCAGUCUGCUCAUCUCGCUGCGUGGAAUCUUUUCCAUGGUCACCUUCAUGGUCUUCAUGCCAGUUCUGUCCUUCCUUGCUGCUAAAUACUUUAACCUCCACGGCAAACAAAGCGACCAUGUCAUGAGCAAAGGCAGUGGAAUCCUUUCUGUGAUCGGGUUUGUCGCUAUCGCCCUCGCCCCGACACCCGCUAUCCUCAUCUUCGGCCAGAUCAUCUUGUCGAUGGGCAUGGCGUUUAUGGUGAAUACUCGCAGUCUUGCCACUGCGCUUGUACUCCCCGAUCAUGUUGGUACCUUGUACUCGGCCCUAGCCAUCACACAAUCUGCAGGUAUGCUUGUCGCAGGUCCGUUAUUUGCCAAUCUUUUCCGGUUAGGUUUGCACCUCGGCAACGCUUGGUUAGGGCUUCCCUUCUUACAAGCGUCUCUCUUUUUCGUUAUUGCUGUGGUGGCUGUUUGGCACAUUCGACUUGGACCAUCUCGGGUUAGUGACGAGGAGCAGGAAUCCUCUCUUGAGUAG